AGAGGUCGAAGCGGCUCGAUUGAAGAAAGGGAUGGCGGCCAGCGGCGGUGCUGUUCGAUGCCAAAGGAUCGGAUGCGACGCCAUGUUCACCGAUGAAGACAACGCUGAAGGCUCCUGCCGAUACCACGAUUCUGGGGUAGGUGAAUUUCUGCAUUUGCUAUGUAUUAUUUUGGGAAUAGGCCAACACACUCAUAAUGUAAGUGCUCUAUAAACUUUCCAGCCUAUAUUUCAUGAUGGUAUGAAAGAAUGGAGCUGUUGCAAGCAAAGAAGUCAUGAUUUUAGCUUAUUUUUGGCAAUUCCAGGAUGUAAGACAGGUAAACAUACAACUGAGAAACCAGUUACGAACAUUGUGUCUGCAAACACUCGAAAGCCAGUGCCAGUUCAGUCUCCUGCUCAAAAUAAGAAUAGUGUUGAUUCUUGUUCAAGGUGCCGCCAAGGUUUCUUCUGCUCUGAUCAUGGAUCACAAGGGAGACCUUCAAAGCCAAGUGUGGUCAUCGAGACAACAGAUACUGAGAAAAGUCCUGCCCCAGUUAAGAAAAAAGUUGGGAUAAAUGAACCCCAGACAUGUAGAAACAAAGGAUGUGGGAAAACCUUCAAGGAGAAGGACAACCAUGAAACUGCAUGUGAAUACCACCCAGGCCCAGCAGUUUUUCAUGACAGAUUGAGAGGGUGGAAAUGCUGUGACAUCCAUGUGAAGGAGUUCGACGAGUUCUUGAGCAUACCUCCAUGCACAAAAGGUUGGCACAAUGCAGAUGCUGCAUGACUUUGAGUAACCUAGCAUUCACAAGUGUCUGCUGUGUUCUGUUUGGCACCCAUAAUUCUGUGUCCUGGAUUUGAAUGUGUUCUGCCCUUUUUUUCUUUUCGCCCGAAAACCGCAACCUAUGUUUGCUUAAACCUGAAACAGAUUUGAACCAAUAUAUCAUUCUCAUCAGAGUCUUCAUUCU